UCACCCAGUGUGGCAGUAGCGGUGGUGGCGGUGGGCUGUGUGUGUGGCAGUGGCGGACACGGUGAUAGUUCCUCUGGUGGACAGCUGAGCACCGCCGCCCGCCCCACAGCGACUCCUUGGCUCUCUGCGUCCGGCCCGACCCUGUCUGACCCUUCCGGCCAACCUGACUGACCUGGAGGGCCAUAGGAGAUGUGUGUUUACUAGCGAAUAGAGAACUGUUGAAUACUUCACAGCUGAAGUAUACAGUUCGGAAGAGUGAUUAACGAACCGUUAAAGUGAAUAAGCAGUGAAGGAAAGAAUUAUUGGAUAAGGAGUGUGAACAGAGUUAAAAGCAGGAUACGUGAAGAACACCUUACCUGACUGAAUGGAAUUAUAGAAUAACAAUUGUGUACACAGUGGCGUCGUCUGCUACAGCCGCACCAGCGACAGUAUGGGCAAAAAAUCCGCGCAUCAGGACAGUAGUAACAGCAGCAGCAGCAGCGGCGGCGACAGCAGGGAAACUUACUCCCCAGUGUACAGCAGAAGCAAAGUGCAGCAUCAGCUGGAGCAGCAACAUCAUCAGCAGGAGGGAAGCAACAAGAGGCGCCGCGGAGAGGAUAACUCAACCACGCAGGUAAUCUACAUGGCGGCGACCAAAACACUGACCAUGUUGACGCCCGUGGAGGUACUAGAAGCCAGCGGGGAGAUCCUGAGGUUAGCUCCUGCCGAUGUCAAGCAAGAAGACGACACGGAGCUUCAUCUCUUCGCCAGCCACCUUACCAAAAACGUCAGCACCUGUUCCUCGCCCCCGUCGACCUCGUCCUCCGUCGCCUAUUCCUCCAGUAGUGUGGUAUCCAGCAGCGUCAGCAGCGUCUCCUCAUCCUCAAGUUAUAAUUCCCUCUUCACCUCGUCUCCGGUCUCCUGUUCUCCGCCUCCCUCCUCGCAGUCUUCCGCCGCUAUUUCAUCCCUCUUCUCUGUUCCUCCCACCCCCGCCUCCUCGUCGCCUCCAUGUCCGCCCUCCAACACCAGUACCACCUUCUCCAGCAGCGACUCCAUCACGCAGCUAGGGGGGAAGCAGCGGUGCCACGCCAACGCCAGAGAAAGAGACAGGACUCACAGAAGUCCCAAACUGAACUUGGCGUCGUCCCCCCUCAGCGUGAACAGCGCCUUUAGCACCUUGCGGACCCUCAUCCCGACCGAGCCCGCAGACCGCAAGCUCUCCAAGAUAGAGACCCUUCGGUUGGCCUCCUCCUACAUCAGCCACCUCGGCACCCAGCUCCUGGCAGGACCGGUGGACCAGCCUUGUCUUCGCCACUCCCAGUACGCCUACACGGGCACUGGGGAGCGCCGCCCCGUCUGCACCUUCUGCCUCGCCUCCCUCAAGAAACAGCAGAAGGCGGGCAGUGGCGUGGGCAGUGACAGCGUGCUGGGCAGCAUGACCAGCGUGCCCCCCGACCUGGCCUCCUACAUGAAGUCCUCGCCCCUGGACGACCCCACCUUUCAGGUCUGCUCCUUCCUCUUCUGAACGCCUUCCAGAUCUGCUCGUACCUCUGGAUACCUUCAAAGUCUUCACGUUCUUCUGGAUAUAUUCCAGGUCUACUCAUCAAUCUUUUCCACACCUUCCAGCACAUCUUGACACUGGAGUGUGUUUUGGUGCUACGCUCUGCAGGAAAGAAGAGCGCUUGAAGAUAUGUGGAUGUAAGUUCGUUCUUUCCUCUCACUGUUAUCUUCCAGUGAUAUGCGGACUUCAAGAGGUUCUCGCUGUGGCCUUAAGCGAAGGUCCUGUAUGUGGAGGGUGAAGCUGUUGUUUUGAACGUGAAGUAUCGAUGGUAUGGAUUCGCUGGAGGACCUCCUGGAACCUUUACUGUAACCUUACCAGUGAUUCGAGGAUUAAUUCCAGAGGCCCCUGAGAGGGGUUAGGAAAAUUAGGAUUCAGGAUAAGUUAGGAUUCAGUUAGGAAAAUGAAUCCUUCAUGGGUUUGAAUAUGUUAAGAAAUGUGUUUGCGCACUAUUUAUAGAAUUUCAAAUACUCCACCAGAAUGGAUAAAAACUAGAGGUACAUUUUGAGGAUGCUGACAUGGAUAUUCUGUCUGAAAAUAAAACAAAAUCGUGACACUAAGAUAGUGUCCCGAGCCACGUUGAGAAACUAUAGUUGCAGCGCCGGUAAACAAACCAUUAAUGGACUGUGUUAGAAAACAUAACUCCUCAACAGUGUACACGAAGACGAGACUUGGUAUAAGACAGUGUUUGAGUUAAAUUGUAAGACGUUGAUGCUGGGGGAAGAUACCAUUAUGUCAGUGUAGCAGACUUGUGUACUAUAUCUCCCUCAUGCUAUUUUAUUUUUCUUUAUAUAUUGAUAUUAUCCAAAUUAAAUAAUAUUAAAUAGAAAUUGUAAUUCAGGGGCUCUCAGUAUAAAGGUUUCAACAGUUAAAGCAGGGUUGUAUCCCAGGGUGAGGGGCCGUGGUCACUGUGAAACAAUUGAAGUCAUCACAAGGUAGAGACGGGGUGCAGUGUGUGUAUAUAUAUAUAUAUAUAUAUAUAUAUAUAUAUAUAUAUAUAUAUAU